AUGAAUAUGAUCAGAGCUACAGGCCUUAUUCCCACGAGGAAGAAGUGGAAAGGGAUGCAACUUUCAGCUCCUGUGAGCAGCUACAAAAUACAGUUCAAUGACAUAACCAUUUUUAUUGUUGAGAAGAAGAUGGGAAUGAGCAGAAGGACAUUCCUGAUGGAUUUAGCAAGAAGAAAAGGCUUCAGGGUGGAAAAUGAGCUAAGUGAUUCUGUCACACACAUUGUGACUGAGAAUAAUUCUUGCACCGAGAUCUUGAAAUGGCUACAAGCACAGAAGGUGGAGGACAGUGCGAGAUUCAGGAUCCUGGACAUCUCAUGGUUGACAGCCUGCCUGGAGGCGGGAAGGCCGGUGGAUUCAGAGAAAUAUCGGCUUGUAAGUAAAAUGGACUCAGUUGAAAGCAACAGUCCUUAUCCCCCCGAACUACCAGUCCUUGGUACGGAUAGUGUCUCCCAAUAUGCCUGUCAAAGGAGGACAACUUUAAAUAAUUACAACAAAAAAUUCACGGAUGCGUUUGAAGUACUGGCUGAAAACUACGAGUUCAGAGAAGAUGAAGGGCAUUGCCUUGCAUUUAGGAGAGCUGCUUCUGUGUUGAAAUUUCUUCCUUUUGCUGUAGUUAGAGUAAGUGACGUUGAAGGAUUGCCUUGGAUGGGAGAACAAGUCAAAGGGAUCAUGGAGGAUAUAAUAGAAGAUGGGGAGAGUCCUCGAGUGAAUGCUGUGUUAAACAGUGAAAACUAUAGAUCAAUAAAACUCUUCACUUCUGUUUUUGGAGUGGGACUGAAGACAUCUGAGAAGUGGUACAGGAUGGGUUUCCGGACACUGGAAGAAGUAAAAUGCGACAAGAACUUAAAACUGACAAGAAUGCAAAGAGCAGGAUUACUACACUAUGAAGACCUUGUUAGCUGUGUAUCUAAGGCAGAGGCAGAUGCAGCAAGCCUAAUUGUUAAGGAAUCUGUGCAGAGAUUUUCCCCCAGCGCUUUGGUAACUUUGACUGGUGGUUUCAGAAGGGGCAAGAAGGCUGGACAUGAUGUAGACUUUUUGAUCACAGUUCCAGGAUCAAGUCAGGAGGAUGAAUUGUUACACCUAGUGAUUGACUUUUGGAAAAAGCAGGGAUUGGUCUUAUACUAUGAUCUCAUCGAAUCUACAUUUGAGAAGAAAAAGCUGCCGAGCAAAAAAGUUGAUGGCUUAGAUAAUUUUCAGAAGUGCUUUUUAAUUUUAAAAUUACCCAAGGGAAAAGUGGACUUUGGCAACUCUGUUAUAUCAGUUGCUUCUGCUGAGGAAGGAAAGAAGGACUGGAAAGCAAUUCGUGUGGAUCUCGUUGUAAGCCCCUUUGAUCAAUAUGCAUUUGCACUCUUAGGAUGGAGUGGAUCUCGGCAAUUUGAACGUGACCUGCGGAGAUAUGCUACCCACGAAAAGAAAAUGAUGCUGGAUAACCACGCAUUAUAUGAUAAAACCAAGAAACUUUUCCUGAAAGCUGCAAGUGAGGAAGAAAUUUUUGCACAUCUUGGUUUGGAUUACAUUGAACCAUGGGAAAGAAAUGCAUAG